AUGGGUCGAAAUCCGGAUUACCGAACAUCUGAACAAUAUAGCUCGAAAUGGAAUAUUGUAAACAAACUCGUGACCCACUGGAACAAAAUUUACACAAAAUUUGAAAAGCAACGGGCAAAAGGAGAAAGUGAGACGGUUGUCAAAAGAAGCAUUAGGUGGACGAAACUUACAACACAUGAAGACAUUGCUAAUCCACCAAAAAGAAGUCGAACAUCUUCAUAUUCGAGCUCACAACAAGUGACAUCGGAUGGUCACAUAGGCGUUAAUCUUAAUGAUGAUAACAACGACAUCGAAGAAAUACACCCGCCGCCUCCUCCUAUGGGAAUCGACAAAACAAAAGCUCGAGUCAGAGGAAAAGGAAAAGCAACAUCUUCAAAUUUGUCGUUCGGAACCGAGCGGUCAACUAGAUCGAAUGAAAUGAUAACACAAAUAACACAAUUGAAUACAACUUUAGAGAAACAUAUGACUGAAACCGUCCGACUGACAAAAUAUCCGUUGUUAAUACAAGAUGUGAGGCAUCUCGACCCCGAAGAUGAGGUGGCUAAAGUGAUGAAGGUGUCGAUUCGUGAAAAAUAUAAUCUAAAACGAAAAUGA